CCCGAGGGUUCACCUUGUGGGAAAGAUCGAAUCCAGGUUAGGGCAGUUGGUCCCUUCCAGUGGACUCACCCCCUGCAGGAAGGUUCAGGGGGGUUGGUACGGUGCAGUGGGAUUUGGGUGGUGGUUAUAGAGACUGAUGCCCCCAUGACCUGGUAACAGAUAAGCAGGUGAAAAUGGAUGGAUGGAUGGAUGGAUGGAUGGAUGGUGUCUGAAACACAGAUAUGUUUUUAUCACAUACAUAAAUAUAUGACAUACUUAAAAAAAUUGACAGCAUUGCUUGUAUUGUUUUAGUUGAUGGUGCAUUUAUUUCUUUUUUGAUGAUGGAUUUUACUUUUGUUUGAGUUGCAGAGAAUUCGUUUUUCCAAAAAUGUUAUCAGUUCCAGUUAUUAGCAGAAUAAAAACCAAUAAAAUAGUUUAAGCCUCAGUUUAAGAUGUUUUUUAUUGGCACUUUUGAUGGGCAUCUCCGUAUUCAUAGUCACCCGGUUGGAAUAAGUGUGUAUAGACUGUAUAGACUGUAUAGACUGUUUACGUACAAAUAAGUAAAGACAUAUUUUUUAAAUUGAAUUAGUGAUUAUUUUACUGCUAACAACUUUGAGGGUUAUUUCUGUGACUGUUGUUUAUACGCAGUUAAAGCAGCACGGAACGCACACACAAACACACACUUUGUUCAUUCAAGAAAUAGUCACUUCGAACGCAACUGGACAGAGUAGGUUGUUUUUUUGUUGUUGUUGUUGUUUUUUUUAAAUUUGUUUCACCUCUCAUCCAAGAGGUUUCUUCAGUUCACUUUGCGGUAUUAUUUUUGGCUACGUGCACACUCCCUCUUUUGUUAUGUUGAAGUGUUGAAGUGGAGAAACUGCAUUCCGUUCCAUUAUAGUGUGCCAGUGUUUUCCUGUAACACCACACAAUUAUUGAUGUGACAGCUUCCUUCUGUGUCUGUGGAUCAGGGCAGGACUGAUACAGACUGGAUGGAGUCAUGUGACUCUUCACUCAUAUCUGCCCAGACUUCAGCUCAUUAUACGUUAUAGGUGUUUACAGUAGGAACUCCUGUUUAAUGACUGUGUCAAAAGAACAGUCCUGACUACAGACACUGUACGGUCAUCAUGCAACGAUCAAUGACUGUAUAUAUAAAUGAUCAAUAAGUUCAUAAACCAAUAUUCACUUCAUUUCAGAUGUGUCUAAAUGACCUUUGUAGUCAACCAGGUGUUAUUAUGCAACGUGAAAUUUAGUGUCUAACUACUGGGUGGACUCUCCGACUAAUUAUUGCUAAUUACAGACUGAUUAUUAUGAAAUUAAAAAAAAAAAGUACAACACCAGGAGUCUUCACACUUCUGGGUAAACUCACAACCUGGUGUAAACUGGAAAUCUCAGAAAUGUAGCAAGGUUGACUUGCAGUCAGGGCUAGAUUAUGAAAUAUGUCUCAUUUGAUGGUUUGAUGGUUGAGGGGGAAAAAUCACUAGUAAAAGUUAAAAAAAAAAGUAAAAUUCAAAGACAGUAUUUUUCCUACACAAAUGUUUUAAAUGUUAAAUCCUUUUAAAUCAAUCAAUCAAUUUUUAUGUAUAGAGACACAGUUAAAUAUAAAAAGAUAAAACAGUGGUAAACACCCCCUGCUCUUAUAGACCCUCGCAUCAGAUGAGGAACAACCUCCCAAGAAAAACCUCUAGUGGGGUAAAAAACAGGAAGAAACCUCAGGGAGGGAGACAGAGGAGGGGAUCUUCACCCAGGACGGGCAGGUGGGCAGUAGCAAAAACAAUCUACAGACAUUAUUUACAGUUCCACUUUCAAUAUACAGACACAGAUAAUAGCAGCAAAGGUGGAGGCGGGAGUAUGGAGGGGGUCCUGAUCCAGUACAGCAUCCAUGGGGUCUAGGAGGGGAGGAAGCACACAGAGACUCCGAGGACCCUCGUGGUGAUGUUUGACUACAUGGUGAUGUUAAACGGAAGGUGAAACAUUUCUAAUUCUCCAAUUUUGGUUCUCUUCACAGGGAUAAGAUGUUCACCUCAAUCCUGCUGUUGCUCGUCCGCAUCCCCUUCAUCUAUGGGACGUUUGUGGUAAAUGUCUCACAGAGCUCCUAUGAGGUGGAGGAAAACAGCAACGUGACUCUAGAGUGGAGGUUCCCACCAGACACCGUCAGCUCUACUCAUGGCCUUUUCAUCCUUUGUGCCAUGAUCAGUGGCACUGGAGAUAGGAAAGGGAAAACCCUGUAUCAACUCUACGCAGGAGUCGAGGAGCUGGAGUCUCAGGACCAGCAGUUCUUGGGACGUGUCCAGUGUGAAACCGGUGUCCUGCUUGAGGGACUGAUGAGGCUUCAUUUGUCCGGAGUCAGAACACAGGACUCGGGCUUGUACCACUGUGAGGUCAACACCCACACUGAUGGGGACCACGCCCAGUGUCAAGUCAAAGUCAAAGCCAGUGACGUGGCAGCAAACCCUGCACCCACUCCUGAGGAUCCCACUCUGGAUUUUGGACCAGACUGUGUGAGGAGGAUUGGCCUGUACCUCUCAGUACUGAUAGCAGUUAUCAUAGUUACAGUAACAUUAGUGCUGCUGUGCCUGUACUGCUGCUGCUGCUGCUGCUCCUACCAACAAAACACUGACAAAUGUACCACAGACUCAGAACGAUAUCUGACCCAUUCUGAACUCAUUUCUAAACUCCAUUUCCCAGAGAAAACAUCCUCCUUCUUUUCUGACAUACAUCUUCUCUCAAAUACAAUCUGUCCUUUGAGCUCACACACCCCAACACCUUUAUUGCUGAUAAAUGUCAAGAGAAAUGAUGGAAGAAGGAUAAGGGGUAUUUGAGAGACUUGUAAUCAUCUGUAGGGAGAUUGAAGUAUUUAUUUCAUAUUGAAAGAACAUAGGUCAGUCCACUGGAAGAUACCAACCCUCCUAACUGGGAUUCUAACUUGCCCAGGAGGUGAACCCUGGGGUUCUACACCAGUGACACAGACAUGGCCUCUGGGCCAAAGCGCCACAAUGCGCAUACAGUACAUAUACAUAACCAUAUAUACAUAACCAUAUAUAUACACCUGCCCAUUCAUACCUACCUACUGUGCUACCAGACACCUCCCUCAUCCAUGUACCUCUUGACAGUAAUGUAUCUCUUUUUAAACUGACUCAUGUUUGGACAGUGCUUCAGCUCCAUGGUAAAGCUGUCCCAUAGUCUCACCUCACUAACUGAGACACAAAAACCCUUCCUUGUUGUGAGAAUUACAGUUAAAUUAAAGUUUAUUUUCCCCUUUAGGUUAUAACUCCCCUCAUGAAUACUGAAUGAUUUCUGGAGGCUUAUUGGCAACAGACUGUUCUCAGCUGGUGGUGUUUGAUAAUUCACAAGGUCUGGAAAUGUUAGUAAUCUGGUCUGAAGAAAUGGAUGAAUUUGUGUGUUCCUGGUAGCCGACAUUGUAGGUACUGGUACUGAUAAUCUGGGUCAGCACUGCUCUAGAACCAUGACCCUCAUCUGCUCUGGGUCUUCCCCCUGUGAGUGGACUCAGGACCCGUUUCAGUGAUUGUUCUGAAGUCUCAGAAAGGAGGGAUCGGGUCCAGAGUCACUUCCUUUCUCUUCUGUAUGUUUUAACUCUAACUUUAUAUUACUAUGAAACAUGUAUUUGCACUAAUUGAAAUGUGAGCUGUGUUUGAAAGAGAAGGGACAUCAAAACAAUAAACAAAAAUGGAGAUGUUUUA